CGCGGCACCGGCAGCGAGCGCUGGAGGCGGCGGGAGGCUGGAGCUCGUUGCCCAUCUUGGUGCUGACCUCCAAGGAGCGGGCGGUGAACCGCAGGGCUGCGGGGCUGAGCAUGGGAGCCGGGGCCAGCGCCGAGGAGAAGCAUUCCCGGGAGCUGGAGAAGAAGCUCAAGGAAGACGCUGAGAAGGAUGCCCGGACCGUCAAGCUGCUGCUGCUGGGAGCAGGGGAGUCGGGGAAGAGCACCAUUGUCAAGCAGAUGAAGAUCAUCCACCAGGACGGUUACUCGCUGGAGGAAUGCCUGGAGUUCAUUGCUAUCAUUUACAGCAACACGCUCCAGUCCAUGCUGGCCAUCGUGCGGGCCAUGACCACCCUCAGCAUCCAGUACGGGGACACGGCUCGCCAGGAUGAUGCCCGUAAGCUGCUGCACCUCUCGGACACCAUUGAGGAGGGGACCAUGCCUAAGGAGAUGUCGGAAAUCAUCGGGCGGCUCUGGAAGGACUCGGGCAUCCAAGCCUGCUUUGACCGCGCCUCCGAGUACCAGCUCAACGACUCUGCGGGCUACUACCUGUCAGACCUGGAGCGCCUGGUGACCCCCGGCUACGUCCCCACAGAGCAGGACGUGCUGCGUUCCCGCGUCAAGACAACCGGCAUCAUCGAGACCCAGUUCUCCUUCAAAGACCUCAACUUCAGGAUGUUUGACGUGGGCGGACAGCGCUCAGAGAGGAAGAAGUGGAUCCACUGCUUUGAGGGUGUGACCUGCAUCAUCUUCAUCGCGGCGCUCAGUGCCUACGACAUGGUCCUGGUGGAGGACGAUGAAGUGAACCGCAUGCACGAGAGCCUGCACCUCUUCAACAGCAUCUGCAACCACCGCUACUUUGCCACCACCUCCAUCGUCCUCUUCCUCAACAAGAAGGACGUUUUCCUGGAGAAGAUCAAGAAGGCCCACCUCAGCAUCUGCUUCCCCGACUAUGAUGGUCCCAACACCUACGACGAUGCGGGCAACUACAUCAAGCUGCAGUUCCUGGAGCUGAACAUGCGGCGGGAUGUGAAGGAGAUCUACUCCCACAUGACCUGCGCCACCGAUACCGAGAACGUCAAGUUCGUCUUUGACGCCGUCACUGACAUCAUCAUCAAGGAGAACCUCAAGGACUGCGGGCUGUUCUGAGCCCCGGCCAAGCACCCCCUCCCCUGGGACCACCCCCUCUGCUGACCCCAUUCCACCUCUGCAACCAUCUCUGCUUGCCCCAGACCCCUGGGAUUUGACCUGCUCAGCUCCAAAGCCACCCCUGGUGAAGUGGGGGGGCACAAUCUCACUCCCCCUCCCCACCAACCCUCCCACUGUGGGGCUCCCAGUUCUGCUGAGGGUCUCUGGGGCUCCAGGUCCUAGGGGUACCUGGAUGACCCUGGAUACUUUCAGGUGCUGCAGGUCCCUGGGUGACCCUCAGAGCUGUGGGGUACGGGGGUUCCCUUGGGUGCUGAGGGUCCUUGAGUACCCCUCGGAGCAGAGGGGUGUUUGGGGGUCCUGGGUGUCCCUAGGUAUUUGAGGGAUCCUGGGGUGUCCCUGGGUUCCCUUUAUAGCUGAGAGGUGCUGGGGUUCCCAGAUGACCCUUGGCAUUGGGGAGACUGGGGGGUUUUGGGUGUCCCUUGGUGCUGGGAGUCCCUAGUACCCCUUGGAAGGGGUGUUAGGGGUUCCCUUGGGUGCUGGGGGGGGUCCCUCGGGUGCUGCUGCGUGUCCAUGGGUGCCCCCCUGGAGCUGGGGGUGCUAAGAGUCUCCACAAACCCCUCAGAGGUGGGGGUCCUUUGGGUGUGGGGUGUCCGUGGGUGAUCCCUGGGGCUGGGGUUCCUGUGGGCUGCUGCGUGCAAGGGGUGCUACAUCUCCCUCUGGGCUAUUGGGUAGAGCAUUGGGUAUUCCUGGGUUCUGGGUGUCGCCAGGGACUGUGUGACACUGGGGCUCCCUUGGUGCCACCAUGCCACCACUGCAGAGCCAGGGGCUGUUUGUUCCCCCUCACCCCACAGCCCCUCGGGGCAGGGCUCAGCCCUGCAGCAUCAUCCCAGCUACACCCCCAAGGGUCCCACCAUUGCCCUCCCCUCUCAUGAGCAGGGGCUUC